AUGGAGAUGCUGGUGAUGCAGGAGCUGGGUUUGGCGGAUCCCAGGAUUGAGAGCACGACAGGACUGUGUAGAUGUGCAGCCAGGUGUGCUGGGGCCCCAGCUCGCUGCUCACUGCCUUGUCUUCCCACAGAUGUGUCUCCCGUGGUGGCAGGACUCAUUGGAGCCACUGUCCUGGUGGUUUCUGUCUCAGUCACAGUCUUUGUGUGGACAUGCUGUCACCAGCAAGCAGAAAAGAAGCACAAAACUCCCCCAUACAAAUUCAUUCACAUGCUGAAAGGCAUCAGCAUCUACCCGGAGACCUUGAGCAACAAGAAGAAAAUCAACCGGAUCCGGAGAGACAAGGGCGGCGCCGCCAAGGAGGGGGGCAGGGGGAACCUCCUGCUGGAUGCUGCUGAAUCAGGGUUGAUGGGACCCAACAAGGCUCCAGAAGGACCCCCCAACAUCGACCAGCUCCCCAUCAAAGCUGAUUACGGAGAUGAACUCAGCCCAGAUCAAAGCCUCACUCCAGGAGGGAGUAAAACCUCCUCUCCCUCUUCCCCGGGCGACGACGUCAUGCUGGGAGACCUGACUUUCUCAGUGGACUACAACUUCCCCAAAAAGGCUCUGGUGGUCACCAUCCAGGAGGCUCACGGGCUGCCCGUGAUGGACGAGCACACCCAGAGCUCCGACCCCUACAUCAAGAUGACAAUUCUGCCCGACAAGAGGCACCGCGUCAAGACCCGCGUGCUCCGCAAGACCCUGGAGCCGGUGUUCGACGAGACCUUCACCUUCUACGGGAUCCCCUACAGCCAGCUCCAGGACCUGGUGCUGCACUUCCUCGUGCUGAGCUUCGACCGCUUCUCCAGGGAUGAUGUGAUUGGGGAGGUGAUGGUGCCCCUUGCAGGGGUGGAUCCGAGCACUGGCAAGGUCCAGCUGACCAGGGAGAUCCUCAAAAGGAACAUACAAAAGUGCAUCAGCAGAGGGGAGCUGCAGGUGUCCCUGUCCUACCAGCCCGUGGCACAGAGGAUGACCGUGGUGGUGCUGAAAGCCAGGCAUUUGCCAAAGAUGGACAUCACUGGCCUCUCAGGUAGAAGCUAUUUUCUCCAGCUCUGAGUGGGUGGGAAAAAGAUAAAUCCCCAAGUUCACUUGCAGGGCUUUUCCCUUGUUUUUAGCUGAAGAUUUUCAGUGUUUACACGUUUUUCCUCAAAUUCUUCUCAAGGGUGAUGGGCUGCUCUGAGUGCUCCGUGGUUCAGCUGGGGGUGGUUGUGCAGAACAGCACAAAUCCUGAUCUGGGAGCCCUGGGUCGUGCAGGCAGGGUUUGGUGAAGGCAGCAGCUCUCUGUGCUGGCUCCAGAACAGCCUGGAUCCGUGGGAUGUGUGGGAUUUCUGGGAUGUGUGGGAUUUCUGGGAUCUGUGGGAUUUCUGGGAUCUGUGGGAUCAGUGGGAUGUGUGGGAUUUCUGGGAUUUCUGGGAUCUGUGAGAUCUGUGGGAUGUGUAGGAUUUGUGGGAUCUGUGGGAUCUGUGGGAUUUCUGGGAUCCGUGGGAUCAGUGGGAUCAGUGGGAUCUGGGGGAUGUCUGGAAUCUGUGGGAUGUGUGGGAUUUCUGGGAUCUGUGGGAUCCAUGGGCUGAGGCCAAUGGUGUGAGGAAAACUGGGAAUGGCCCUGGCUGCCAGGGGCUGGACACAAGCCCAGGUGUGCCCAGGUGUG